AUGGGCAAUUUGCCAGCCGAUAGGGUCCGAAUGGAUUGCCCCUUUCUAGUUUGCGGAGUAGAUUUUGGUGGUCCAUUUUAUGUGUCCUUAACGGUCCGCGGUAGAACUCCUAUCAAAACUUAUGUGGCCGUUUUUGUGUGCUUUUCGUCAAAGGCUGUUCACCUUGAACUUGUUGUCGACCUAUCCACUGACAGCUUCUUAUCCGUAUUUAAAAGGUUCGUCGGGAGGAAAGGGGUGCCGGAGAAGGUGUACAGCGACAACGCCACGAACUUCGUAGGAGCGUGCAACGUGCUGAAGGAGCUGAGCGGAGCGCUUCACCGCAGUCGGGACGAGCUGAGCGGAUACGCGGCUCAGAGAGGCGUCGAGUGGUGUUUCAUACCGCCGAGGUCCCCACACUUCGGAGGACUUUGGGAAGCAGCCGUCAAGUCCGCCAAAACCCGGUUGCUGCGAGAAGUCGGCCACGCCAAGCUCACAACGGACGAGUUAAGCACCCAACUGGUCGAGGUAGAGGCGCUGCUCAAUUCGCGUCCAAUCGCGUCGCCGGGCAACGAUCCCAACGAUGGAGAGGCCCUGACACCAGGACACCUACUAAUCGGGCAGCCUCUGAUCACGCUGCCGCACUAA